CUCUCUCUCUUCUCUGCAACUCCCUACUCUUCAAAACCCAUCCUUUUCCUCUUCAUCUUUUUUUUUUUUUUUUUGUUUCUUUUAACUCUCUAAAUGUGGAAACCAUAAGCUUCUUCUUUCCAAAGAACAAUCAACACACACUUUGUUAAAAGUACAACGCACAAUGGGGUGCACGCAGUCUAGGAUAGACAAUGAAGAGUCAGUCUCGCGCUGUAAAGACCGCAGGAACUUAAUGAAAGAAGCCGUAAUAGCUCGCAACGCCUUCGCCGCCGGCUUCUCUGGCUACGCCGUUUCUCUCAAAAAUGUUGGCGCCGCCUUGAGUGACUACGCCCACGGCGAAUCUGAAGACAACCAAGAGCCACACCAGCCGGUGGAAAACACACCUCCUCCUCCUCCUCCUCCUCCCCCUCCCCCGCCGCCUCCGUCCUCCAUUGACCGCCUCCCGCCUCCUCCUCCGCCGCUUCCCAACUUCUCCCCCAGUCCCAUCAAGCGCGCCGUUAGCUUGCCCUCGAUCCCUAGAAAACACGCUCACGAAAUCGAUCACGUCACCAUUACUGAAGACGACGAAGAAGAAGAGGACGAAGAUGAUGACGACGACGAAGAAGACGAGGUGGAAGCGCGUGGAAACAACGGCGACAAACUUAAGAACAAAAAACAUCUAAACAUGGGUGGAGGUGGGUCCCACGGACAGAUGAUGUCGUCAGCAACGACAUCGCCGAGAACUCCGGCGAUUACGUCCGGACCGAGCGCUGCCUGGGAUUAUUUCUUCAGGGUGGACGAGGACUUGGCUGGAACAAGUAGCUUGGAUACAGAGGAGCAUCAUCAUAUGAAUAAUAGUUCAGUAAAAAUGGGGGAAAAUAACCAUAAUAAUAGUAGUCAUAAUCAUAAUGUUGGUGUUGGUAAUGAAGAUAAUAAUAAUAAUAAUAUUAGUAAUAUUAAUAAUAGUAUUAGUAACAAUAAUAUGAAUGUUAGUGUUCAUGUUAAUGGUAAGGAGCUCGAAAAAGCUGAAGACAAGGUGAUUGAGCAUGCAAAAACGGCUCCUCCAGAGUUCAGUAGUAGGAAAGCUGUGGUGAACUUGAUGCAUAUUUUGAACCAGAUUGAUGAUCAUUUCUUGAAGGCUUCACAGUCCACUCAUGAGAUUUCCAACAUGCUUGAGGCCACCAAGGUUCAUUACCACUCUAAUUUUGCUGACAACCGAGCGUUUGUUGAUCAUUCUGCGAGGGUCAUGCGGGUUAUUACAUGGAAUAAGUCCUUUAGAGGUAUUUCCAAUGGUGAAGGUAGGAAGGAUGAAGUGGAUUCAGAAGAAUCUGAAACUCUUGCUAAUGUUUUGGAUAAGAUGUUAGCAUGGGAAAAGAAACUUUAUGAAGAAGUUAAGCAAGGUGAGCUGAUGAAGAUGGAGUAUCAGAGGAAGGUUUCUGUGCUGAAUAAGCACAAGAAACGUGGAGCUGCUACUGAAACAUUGGAAAAAACAAAAGCAGCUGUGGCUCAUUUGCACACAAGAUAUAUAGUUGACAUGCAGUCUAUGGAUUCGACAGUUACAGAAGUAAAUCGUUUACGUGAUGAGGAGUUGUACCCAAAACUUGUUACUCUUGUUGAUGGGAUGUUCAAAAUGUGGAAAACUAUGAGUGAACAUCAUGACAGCCAGCUGGAGAUUGUUACAGACCUCAAGUCCCUUGAUGUUACGAAUGCUCCCAAGGAAACAACUAAGCAGCAUUAUGAUCGCACUAAACAACUGUAUAGUAGUGUUCAACAAUGGCACUCACAGUUUGAAAAGCUUGUGAACCAUAAAAAACAGUAUAUCCAAUUUCUGAACAGCUGGUUAAAGUUAAAUCUCAUCCCCAUUGAAAGCAGCUUAAAAGAGAGAGUCUCAUCCCCACCAAGACCCCCAAAUCCCCCAAUCCAAGUCCUCCUUCUUUCAUGGAACGAUAAUCUUGAAAAGCUUCCAGAUGAGCUAGCCAAAUCUGCAAUUUCUUCCUUUGCUGCUGUGAUAAAGACCAUAAUGCUUCAUCAGGAGGAAGAGAUGAAGCUGAAGGAAAAGUGUGAAGAAACCAGGAAAGAAUAUAUUCGAAAGAGCCAAGCAUUUGAGGAAUGGUACCACAAGUACCAGAAGAGAAACACAUCCGGUGAAUCAGAAGCAGAUAAGGGUGAAGAUGCAAAUGCCAAGGAUGCUGUUAUGGAGAGGCAAUUUGUGGUUGAGAGCUUGAAGAAGAGGUUGGAUGAGGAAGUUGAAGAUCACAAUAGACAUUGUCUUCAAGUCAGAGAAAAGUCUCUAGGGAAUCUUAAGAUUCGCUUGCCUGAGCUGUUCCGUGCUCUGUCAGACUAUACUCAUAUCUGUUCCGAAGCUUAUGAAAGAUUGAGAUCCCUUACCCAGUAACAGAAUAGCAAUGGUGGUUUUGCACACUAAUUCAGCUCUGUUAUUUAAGUAAUUCUGUCUAAGUUAAACCUUGGUCAGCUGUAGUUUUAGUAUGAAACGUUUGUAAUCUUCAUGGGUAUGCAUAUCUAUCAAUCCUUGUUCUAGCGUGGAGAAAUUUUGCUCUUGUAUUAAUUUUGGCCAUAUGCUAGUUGGAUUUUGUGAUGAUUCAAAUGAAAAAUGCAGGCAACGUUAUAC